CCGCCAAGCGCCGCCAUGUCCUCGCACCCCUCCUCGCUCUACCCAGAAGUCCCCCGAUCCAACCCCGAGUCCUCUUCCCCCUUCCUCUCCAACCCUAACCCCGACCCCCAUCAUCAUCCACCCUCCUCCUCCUCCAACCUCUACCCUUCCCUCGACAUGAAGGACCUCGUCGAGAACCUUUUCCCCGACCCCUACGCCCACGACCCCUCCUCCCGCCGCCCCCCCGGAGGCGACGCCGCCGCCGCCGCCGGGGACGGCGGCCCGCGGUCCGCGCCCGCGCCUCCCGACUCCGCCGAGGAGGUCCUCAUCCGGGUCCCCGGCGCGAUCCUCCACCUCAUCGACAGGGAGUACAGCGUGGAGCUCGGGUGCGGGGACUUCUCCGUGAUCGCCCUCCGCCAGGGCGAGAACGCCGUCGCGGUGCUCGCCCGCGUCGCCGACGAGCCGCAGUGGCCCCUGACCAAGGACGAGGCCACUGUGAAGGUCGACGACUCGCAUUAUUUCUUCUCGCUCGGCGUGGUGGACAAGGCGAAAUCCGGGUCCGACUCGAGCGAUGAGGAGGGUAAGAAGGGAAGCGGGGCGUCGGAUGAUCCGUUGAAUUACGGCUUGACCUUCGCGUCGAAGGGGCAGGAGGGGCUGUUGAGGGAGUUGGACGCGAUUCUGGAGAAGUACAGUGCGUUCUCCAUACAGAAAGUAUCUCAAAAGUCGCAAAAAGGAGAGGCUUUGGAUGUUACUGUGGCGAAGGAGACCUCGCCGGCCGAAUUGGAAUCGGGCGGGAAGAAGAAGGAUAUCAUGGAGGAGAGGUGUAGGGCAUAUUGGACGACAUUGGCACCGAAUGUUGAGGAUUACAGUGGGACCGCGGCAAAGUUAAUUGCAGCAGGGUCAGGACAGCUAAUCAAGGGUAUCUUGUGGUGCGGAGAUGUGACCGUGGAUAGAUUGCAUUGGGGGAAUGAGGUUAUGAAGAAGAGGAUGACUCCUGGAGAGAAGGCCAAGAUCGAUAAGAAAACACUGAAGAGAUUAAAAAGGGCAAAGAAGAUGACAAGGAUGACCGAGAAAGUAGCAACAGGUGUUCUAUCUGGGGUUGUUAGAGUCUCCGGAUUCUUCACAAGUUCAGUUGCAAAUUCUACGGUGGGCAAGAAAUUUUUUGGUCUACUGCCAGGGGAAAUGGUCCUGGCUUCACUUGACGGAUUUAACAAGGUGUGUGAUGCGGUUGAAGUGGCUGGAAGGAAUGUCAUGGCUACAUCCUCUACUGUGACAACUGGACUUGUAUCCCAUAGGUAUGGAGAAGAAGCUGGCAAGGCAACACAUGAAGGGCUUCAUGCGGCAGGGCAUGCCAUGGGGACAGCAUGGGCUGUUUUUAAGAUCAGAAAGGCAUUUAACCCUAAGAGUGUUCUUAAACCUUCUACUAUUGCCAAGUCUGCUGCUAAAGCUGCUGCUGCUGAGGCAAAAGCUAAAAGCAAGAAAUCUAAGUAAAUCCUUUGUGGGGAGUUUGAAUUGUUGAUAGCUUAGAUGCACCUUCGUAGGGUUUCCGUCGCCUUCUUCUUCGCUGAAAACAAAAUUAAGAUUGAAGCAAAUUGUCAUGUACCCUGUUUUUGUUAGUAGGUGACGCGCGAUUGGUUUUGUGGCUACCUUUUUUUUUUCCCCUUACCAAUUCUCUUGGUUGUAAGUUGAUAUAAGAACCGUAGAGAAAUUCCUAGAUGUGAUGGAUUUUGGGGAUAAUAUCAGAAAUUUCUUGAUGUUGGUUGAA